AUGGGCUCUGGGGCAAUAAAUUUGAAGGUGCAAGUGGGUACCGGGAAAGUAAGCACAGAGUUUACAGUAAUUAACACCCCCUUCCCUUACAAUGUUAUCUUGGGAAGGCCAUGGUUACACGCAAUAAGGGCUGUUCCCUCAACACUGCACCAGCUGUUGCGGUUCCUAACGGAGCAUGGAAUUGAAGAGGUUAGAGAGGAUCAAAUGCAGACAAAAAAUUGUUCCAUGGCAGCAAUGAAAUUCACCUACAAUGUACGAGAGACAGAAACAGUAGAAAUUGAAGACGAGGGCAUGGAAGUUAUAGAUGAUGCCAGCAAAAAGUCAGUUGAGAAGAGUGAGGAAGCCUUGAAGAAAAUUUUGGUCCAAGAAGGGGAUGAAGAAUGUUUCUUCCUUCUCGGUUCAGGCUUGGCCAAGGAUGAGGAAAGGGAGUUGGAAGCUUUCUUACGGGCCAACAUAAAAGUAUUUGCCUGGACGCCAUAUAAGAUACCAGACAUUGACCCCAAGGUCACAUGCCAUAUGUUCAAUGUAAACAUGUCUGCUAAACCUGUCAUCCAGCGAGCGAGGAGGCCAACGUUGAUGCAUGUUGAGGAGGAAGUGGACAAACUGUUGGAAGCCAAAGCCAUUCGUGAGGUGAACUACCCUAUUUGGCUAUCCAACACUGUGGUAGUGAAAAAGAAGAACGACCAGUGGAGGGUUUGUGUUGAUUUCACCAGCUUGAAUAAGGCUUGCCCCAAGGAUAGUUUUCCACUGCCCCAAGAUUGA